ACGUCAGACGUGGAGAGAAUGCGUUCGAAGAAGGACGUUUCUUUGUUGCUGCUCGGUUGGUUCUAUAGCAUUUUCGGCUUGUCUGUCCUCAACGGCAGAGGGUUGCAUUGUGCGGGGUGUUCUCGUUAUUUUUUUGUGUGCUAAUCAUUCGCGUACGUGAAAGUUCAUAGCCCUCCGAGUAGUAGAGGUCCAAGCGUUUACGGUGCCGCGUCGCGUUACGAAGAAUUCGACACAUUUAGUGAAACCCGUGAGGGUAACAAUCAAGAAGAAAAAGGAAAAGUAGAUAUAUUACCAUGGAAUAAAAUGUGAGUACCUAAGUGAAAGAUUGUGUUUCGUGUGCUGUUUUGCCGUGCAUAAAUAAUUUCAGCUCUUGAAGCGCAAUCAAAUGCAGAUUGUGCCGUAUUGUCAAAACAAACUCAGUUAAAAUGCCGGUGGAUAAAAUAAUUUAGGGCUCGGCAAUCACUCCGUCAAUCCCGAUGAAAACAAAGAAAUCGGUCACCAAUACAACAAGCCGAAGUUGGCAGGAAAAUGAUCAUCACCAUCAUUUGCGUCAUCAGCAUAAUCAUUGGAAUGAUAGCAAUAGCAGCGAGGGAAUCGUAGAAUAUGAUAGCACAAGUGUUAUUGUUGAUAGUAGAGUAGUAAUGACCGGGGUUGUUGAAAAUGGGUUGGGCGGUGCGGUUGGCUACUGCAAGAGUGACCCUGAAGUAUCAGAUGGCCAGCCUUCGGCAAAACGGCAGUGCAACAGCAGCAGUGUUAGAAGAGUGGAGUUAUGCAGUGAACCAAUAGCGACCGAGCAACGGCGUCGAAAUCGACCACGGAUGUGGCAGCCGCCAUGUGAGGAAACUCGGCGAUGGCGACCGAGUGGCCGCGUUUGUAGCGGAUCUCGUUCUCCUUUCUGGCUUUUUCCGGUCUAUGUGUUAGUGUUUAUCGUAGUAUUUAUUGAUCUAUUUAAUUCGAGUGCAUCGUCAUCGAUUUACUCGAGCCGAAGCCGAUCCAGUGGACUGCCAACAGACGCAGUAGCAGCGGAUGCAGAAAUUUAUGGAAUAGAUGACAAUCGACUUCAUCCAUCCAAAGAAUUCUCCCGAUACAGUAGAAUCCGACCGCGGUUGCAGCAUGGCCGCCAUAAACGUUCUCUAACAAGCACUCUUGAAGAUAACGGUCUUCACGCGUCGCACCUAACACUAAACUAUAGACUAAGCCAUGAAGCAGAAGAUGUGAUAUUAGAUUUACAACUGAAUGAACAUCUCAUCCCGCGGGGGCAUUUUCUUUCUUAUCAACUACCUAGCGGGCUGGGGAAGGUGGUCGAACGGUACAACGGUACCUUUGCCGAUAAAGGCCAUCAUCCGGUCGAACUCUGCCACUACAGGGGGAAAAUUCGAGGCGUGCCGGAGUCUAGGGUUGCUCUGUCCACAUGCAGUGGAAUACGCGGGGUCGUGUUUGAUGGUAUUGAGACGUACUACAUAGAAAGCGACGUCAGCAGGGGAAAUCGAUUGGACAAUCUGACUCGUGCCAGCCACUACCUUUAUCGUCAUUCCGACUUGCUAACAACAGGGAAAUGCGGUUACGAAGGUGGUUCAAAUUCAACGCACGACCCGGAUCUACAUCAUGAGUCCGAGUUCCAGCGAUUAUCUAGGCGUAAGCGCGCAUCUUCCAAGCCAUCUUCGCUGAUUCGAGGCCCGUACAAUGCGAACAAGCAUUCUAGCUAUGUGGAACUGGUAGUCGUUAUCGAUAACAAAAUGUUCAAGAGUAUGAAGGAAAACUUCAAGGUUGUGCAGCAGUAUUGCAAGGACAUCACCAACAUCAUCAACGCCCUGUAUGAACCGUUAAACAUCUUUAUCGGACUUGUGGGUGUGGUAAUUUGGAACGAAAUGAACGAAAUAGAGCUUUCUAGUGAUGGAGAGAUAACGUUGAAAAACUUUUUACAUUACCGUAAAAAGGUACUGAUUAAGGAUCAUCCGAACGACAACGCGCAACUUUUCACGAAGGAGCACUUCGAGGGCGGUGUUGUUGGGAAGGCUUUAAAGGGACCAAUCUGUACGUACGAGUUCAGUGGUGGCGUGGAGAUGUAUCAUAGUGAGAUUAUUGGGGUUCAAGCGACAACGGUGGCGCACGAGAUGGGGCACAAUUUUGGCAUGGAACAUGACACACCGGACUGUAAAUGCCCGGAAGAGCGGUGUAUUAUGUCCGCCUCUAGUUCAUCUCUUGCGCCUCGUCACUGGAGCAGCUGUAGUAUCGAUCAGCUAAAUUUGGCAUUCCAUCACGGAAUGAAUUAUUGUUUGAAAAACAAACCUACGCAGCUGUUCGAUUCGCCCGUUUGCGGGAAUGGAUUCGUUGAGCCAGGGGAGCAGUGCGAUUGUGGAUUGCCGGAUUUCUGCGACAAUUCAUGUUGUAAUCCUCGAACGUGUAUGUUACAUUCGAAUGCAUCUUGUGCGACAGGAGAGUGUUGCGAUUUAAAGACUUGCAAACCAAAAAUCGGUGGUACGGUUUGCCGAGAAGCGGAAGGAGAGUGUGAUUUACCAGAGUAUUGUUCUGGAGAGUCGGAGUAUUGCCCAACUGAUGUGUUCAAACGAGACACGGAAAAUUGUGAUGAUGGUAAAGCGUUUUGCUAUAAGGGUUCGUGUAGGUCACAAAAUGAUCAGUGUCGUUUGUUGUGGGGGCCUACCGGAAAAUCUUCUGAGCAAUGCUAUAAAAAAAAUGAAGAAGGAACUCGACAUGGAAACUGUGGCUACAAUCGGGUAAAAAACGAAUACGUGAAGUGCGAUGAAGGAGAUGUGUACUGUGGAAUGUUGCAUUGCCGACAUCUUAAUGAGCGUUUAGAGUUUGGAAUGGAGUCUGUCGCAAUUUUGUCGCAUAGUUUUAUGACAUACAAUGGCAGUGUCAUACCGUGUCGAUCGGCCAUUGUAGAUCUUGGUUUGCAAAAGGUUGAUCCCGGAUUGGCACCGGACGGCGCCCGAUGUGGGGAAGGAAAGAUGUGUCUGAAUCAAGUUUGCAUGCCUGUUGAGAGCUUGCGUGCGCAAGAAAGUGGGGUAGAGUGUGCAGAGAACUGCAACGGGAAUGGAAUAUGUAACAGUGAGGGACAUUGUCACUGUAAUAAAGGCUUUGCUCCUCCAUUAUGCAACAGUCCUGGGAACGGAGGUUCAGAAGACAGCGGGCCGGCAUCGGAUCCUAAUGCUGGCAGCGGUUUUACCCGAUUCCUGUACAUCUUCUUCCUCGGAGUUGUUCCUACAUGCGCCAUUUUCGCAUUUCUGCUGUACUACUUGCGACAGGACCACAGCCUUAAAAAACGAAAACCAGCAGCGAGCGUAUCAACAAACAACAUGAAAACCGAUUCAUCUCGCAGCACGAAUUCGACUCACACAAUGGUACCCUCUUCGCCAAACUCACCGGAUGAUAUGAACUCUGCUCUACUACGACCCUCAAAUGAUGUAGAUUUCAUAACUAAUAUCAACAUGUUUGGUAAAUUCAAAGGCUUCACCUUGACACCUUUGUCUGAAUCAGGAGCGAAUCUCAAAUCGCCCAAUGUAGCAUUUGUCCACCCAGUACCCAAAUAUGUUGAAGAUCCCAGUAGUACCGUUCCUAGUCGCCCAGCUCCCCCUGCACCGAAAAUUAAGCCUGCUGCGCCUACCACCAGUCAGUCAGUUCAAAUUGGUAACAGUACGUACAAUAAACCGGCAGGUAUUCAUCAGAUGAAUGGCUUCAAACUAGCCAACCAUGAACAUCAUUUGGAGAAUGCUCCUGCACUGCCGCCGCUGAAUCCCGGGUCAACGGCAAGGCCAAUUAUAUCCAGCCCAAUUUUGGAGUCCUCCACAUGCACCUCGAGAGAACUGGUGUCACCUCUGAAACAACAAAAUUCAGGAAAAGCAAAACUUCCAAUUCGUCCGGCCCCAGUUCUACCACCUGUACAGGUCCUCUCAAAUCCAUCUGGAUCACAAGAGAACAUAGCUCCUGAAAUUUUAAUUAACCCUACCAGCAAGGAUAAAAAAUCCAAAGAAGGCAAGCUAAACAGAAUUACAUCUUAUUUGAAAAAAGACGAAAAAUCCCAGAAACCUGAACCGAAAAACAUAAAAAUUGCCGAUAAAGAGAAGCUGAAAAAUCUGGAAAUUUCCGCCCCUAUACCUAUCGAUGGUGAUUUGGCCAAAAGCAUGCCGAAACUAAACGAUACAGAACCACCCACAGGAUUUGCCCCCGCAAUCAUUGUUCAGCGGGCCAAAAGUAUGCGAACACCCGAAGUGACCGGCAAACGUUCACCUGGAGACGGCCAGGCUGCCUCAGAAUCUCCACGGAAACACACUACCCUAAAGCGACCGCAGAGUAUGGUGGGCUCUAGGCCUUCCAUGCCACCCCCACGGCCUCCCGUUCCUCCAGCACCAGCUAUCACCGGUAUGAAGAUUUCGGGAGUUCCUGGCUAUCAAAAUCCACCAGCUCCGAAAACUGUCACUAUAGUAACAUCUCGAAACAAUUAUGAUGACUGCCACGAUGUUGAAGAUUUGGAAAAUACUGUUGCUACAAGGUCAUCAGGACCUCAUGGCCACGACAACAUUUAUUCGGUAAUUGAUGAGUCUCCUUCGCCUCCAAGUAUAUUAUCGCCACCAACAACGGUUUCUUCUGGUAGUUCCGAAAGCAUGGGACUUUUAGGAGAAAUUGUGAACGAAAUUGAAAGCCGUGGAAGCGAUUCAGUGUAUAUAGCUUCAACUCUGAAACGAGGAGCCAGCACAAGAAAAGGGCAAGCUCCACGAGCUGAAGAGGAAGAGGAUGAUGAUGAACCAACCUACGUUAAUACAUCCGAGAUUCAAGAUGAUGAUGAUGAAGCUCGGACAGUUGAAGCUUUAGACGAGGAAUCAGAGGAACCAUACCCUUCAAACCUAAAAUCUACCGCCAGUACUACUUCUAGUGGGUAUCUAAGGCCGUCCGCAAUCAACGCUCCGAUCGCGCGUGUUGCUCCAACGAAGCAAAAUGUAUCAAAUAAUUUAAGUAGUUUUAAGAACAGUGGCAACGUAUUGAGUAGCUUACAAUUCCAAGGACCAAUAGAGUCCAACAAGCCUGCAACCAUCCCGAAAAAAACAGCUUCCAUACCGUAUAAACCGUACCACAGUACAUUAGGCAACACAAGACCAGGGUCUGUGGUAGCCGUCACCAAAUCAAAAAUCAGUCAGGAAAAAAUAGCUAAUGGCAGUGUAGAUCCCAAGCCAAAGCCUGUUCAGAAUCCAACGCCUGUAAGCAUCAACACCACGGGAAGCGGGACAACACCAACAAAACCUCUAAGUAACAACACCGUCCGAACGAGGAGUCCAUCACCGAAAGGACACAUUCAAAAUGGCGGCCUCAGUACCGCUAAAACUGCAACGCCGCAGAAACCUAAAACUCUGGCAAAGCCAGAAAGUGUAGUCAAACCGAAAAACGCAAAUAGCAAGAUUUUAACGGCAGUCGCUCGAUCAGCUCCUGGCAAAGUGUCCAAUGUGGCUUCACUGCAACAGAAAUUCGAAGCAAAAAAGUAAAAAAGUACUGCUCCACUAACAGGGUUAAAUUCCGUACUACUCCGUUGAUUGUUCAUAUUAUGUUAAUAUGACAAUUGAAGCAACUGUUUAUGCUCUAUUGUAAACACUCCGGAUAAUUGUUAGAAUUCAAUUUUAGAAAUCAGCUUUCCGUUACGCGUUAAACUUAACAAAACCAAUCAAAACAGUAAUUCGAACCGAAACCGAAAUUGAUAAUACCUACGUUGAAGUUUGAAGUUGGGAUUUGAAGUCACGUUAGAUUUUUGCAAGCCGUUGAUCUUCCUAUUUCGAUCGCUUUUUUAUAGUGCUUUUAUUCGCCAGAACAAAUCUGCCCACUCAUCGUGUAAAUAAGAGCCAAAGAAAGUUUUUUUCGUAAACUAUUGCCUGGAAUAUGGAGCCAGCACGAAUGGCACAUUGUAGCAGAAAUCGAAUGGAUUUUUAUGCAUAUAUGACGAAAAACGAAAAAUAAUAGUUGCAAGAAACAGUCUGCAUAAUCAGUUAGUCCGAAUUUAUAGCCUACUAUGUAUCUUGUAGCUUAUAAAACAUGUCGCAAAUUAAUUAUUAAAAAUAUUACUUGAGGAGUAAAACUAUUGCAUCGUCUAUAGUUAUGUAGAUAUAUGAUGGUAGGUAUUAUUAGAACGAAGCAUCGGCCAUCUGUGUAAGGAAUCGAUGGUGUUGCAUAGCGAAGCUUUUUUUAUUGGAGCAUCGAAUCAUUUGGGAAUACUGGAAAGUCAAAUAAAAGUUUUUUUAGACA